AGAAAGCUUAUGCAAGAAGGGGUUCUGCCUAGUGCAGGUGCAGCAGAGGUAUGGAAGAAGGUUUGGGGCAUGAAAAUCCCCCCAAAGGUCAAGCAUUUUUAUGGCGAUUUGUGAGAGACAUUAUCCCAACAGGAGACCACAUCAGCACAAAAAGCACGAAGUGGGGAGACAAAUGCCCCUUCUGUGAUAACAAAGAGACGCAAAUCCAUUUUUUUGGUGAAUGCGAGUGGGCUUCACAGCUGUGGCGGGUUUCCCCAAUGGUCAAAUGCUCUGACUUACGUGGGGAUAGAGAUUGCUUCGAUUGGUUUGAGAAAGUGAUGAAGACGGUUGAUGAAGGUAGCCUGGAGGCAUGGUUCGUUCUUCUGUGGUUUUUAUGGAAGGAAAGAAAUUCACAAUUGUUUAAUGGGAGUAAGAUUCCGGAGCACGAGAUAGUAGGGAGGGCAGCAGUGUACCUGGAGGAGUACAAGAGGCAGAAAGCUCGUGGGGAGGUGGAUGGAGACAGACAAAUUGAGAAGGGAUGGCAAAGACUAGUUCCAGACCGAGUUAAAAUCAAUACUGAUGCUGGGUUAUUGGAAGGAGGCGGAGCGGGGCUGGGUGCGAUAGCGAGGGAUGCAGAUGGAAAGUGUAUUUUUGCAGCGGCGAAGAAGGUCAGGAAUGUGCGGAGGUGGAAAUGGCAGAAGCUUUGGCAGCGGAACUUGGGUUACAGAUUGCACACCAACUGAAGCUCGCAAACCCAAUCCUUGAAAUGGAUAGUUUGGUCUUGGUGAAUAUGCUGGAUGCAGCACAGUCGGUUCAAUAUGAGGUAGGUGUGGUUUGCCGGAAUAUACGUCACUAUUUGGAGGGAAUGGGGCAAGGAUCAUGGACGCACUGUUCGCGAUAAUAUACGUCACUAUUUGAACGAGUGGUUUGGCUUGACAGACCUCCGAUUUUUGUCAUUGACCAGCUUGUGAAGGAUAAUGUAAUACGUGUUUCUGAGUAAUAAGAGUAUCAGAAAAGUUUCUCUAUAAAAAAAAAACUUCUAGAAAAUAUUAAUUUUCUUUCGUGCUUGACUGAAAAAGUAAUUCUUAAUACAUGAAGUGAUGUAAAAACACUAAAAUGAUUUAAAAUGUAACAAAUUUAAAAUUAAAAUCUGAAUAGAAAGGAUUUUAUGGGUUUUUUAUAUUAAACAAUUUCAUAGUUUAUUUUAAUCAUAUUGCUUUUGACUGAAAAUCAUUUCUCUCUCUCUCUAAAUUCCCCUUACUAGAAAGCUCUCAAUCUCACGUUGGCAUCCUCGUGGUCGGAUUCAGCCCCUACGACGGGAAGAUCAGUAGGGGGAGUACGUGGGCUCAAUUGUUCAACACAGCUCCUGAGAACCGAAUGCAUUAUCAGCUUCAUAAUCGUGUCAAUGAAGGAUUUCACCUCCCUAGAGAACUAAAGAAAAUAUAUAGGUGAGGAACGAGGGCGCGACUCUUUGAUAGGCCAGUUCGCCAGAGCUCAACCUAAGGUUGCUGAAUUGCAGAAUUGGGCUACUACUCUUUGGGUGAGAGAUGGUACGGUUAGGAUAUCCCGAUUUGGUUCUCAAUUGUUUGUGUUCCAGUCCCCAUUUAUCACAAGUAAAUGAGUAUUCAAGUUUGGGUCAUGACAUUUCCAAGGGAACCAGUUUACUUUCGGAAGUGGAUUCCUGGUAUCCAACCAUGGCGCCAAAGGUGCUGCGAAUUUAAUUACCCAGUAAAAUACAUGAAAUCUU